CUUCAUCCCCUCUUUUCCCAUAAUCCUCCUGCAAUACUCACAACGCUGUUGAUCAGAGAGAGUGGAAGAGCUUCAGAAGAGAAGAACAGAGAGCAAAGGGAGUGAGAGAAGUAGAGAAAAGCAUUUAGAAGAUGCUCUUAUCUCUUAUCUUAUCAAGAGCAACUUACAAAACUGUACAGCCAUGACUGAUAUAUCCUCACCCAUAAGAGUUGGCAUUGUAGGAUAUGGACAUUUAGGUCAGUUCCUGGUGGAUCGCAUACAGAAAAAGGGGCUUGCAGCAGGCCUUAGUUUGGCCUUUGUUUGGAAUAGAAAUGCAGACAAACUCAUUGAGUCAGUCCCUAAGGAUCUGAUCCUGACUAACCUGUCUGAGUUUACACAAAUAAAGGCUGACCUGAUUGUGGAGGUCUGUCAUCCACAAAUAGUGAAAGAUUUUGGGGUUCGAUUCUUAUCACACGCAAACUUUCUGGUGGGCAGUCCAUCUGCUCUGUCAGACUCUCAGCUGGACAAGGAGCUCCGGCUGACUGCAAAGAAACAUGGCAAGACACUCUAUGUGCCCAGCGGUGCUUUAUGGGGCGGCCAAGACAUCCAGAGACUAAAUGACAGUGGAUCAUUAAAAGCCCUCUCCAUUCGUAUGUCAAAGCACCCCUCCUGUUUCCGCCUGGCUGGAGGCACGUUCUCUGACUGGGCAGGAGAGGAGGGGAGGUGUGUUUUGUUUCAUGGCUCAGUGGCAGAGCUCUGCCCCAUCGCUCCUAACAACGUGAACACAAUGGCAGCCGCCGCCAUUGCCGCAUCAACCCUGGGCUUCCAUGGAGUCACUGGAGAGAUUGUGUCUGAUACUGCUCUAGCUGAUUACCACCUAGUGGAAGUUGAGGUGACAGGCCCAGAUGGCUUCUCAGUGAAAACAGUGCGGCGCAAUCCAGCCAAGCUAGGAGCUGUUACUGGCAGUGCCACCUACAACUCAUUCUGGAGCAGCUUACUGGUCUGCAAAGGUCAUGGAGGGAGAGUGUAUCUAUGCUGACAAACUAUCUACACCAACACACAUCUUUCUUUUCAACUCUAAUUUGAAUGAUCUUUUUCAUCUGUAAAGCACUUUGAAUGACUACAGUGUAUAAAAGCUGCUAUAUAAAAAAUCUUGCCUCUUUCUAUGCACAGAGAUCAUUUCUAUUCAUAAGAGAUCAAAAUGGAAAAUGUUAAUAAAUUUAGAAAAUCAAGACAUUCAUAACAAUAAUAUAGUCUUUAAUUUCUGUUCCACAGCUGUGACACAAACUCAAAUUAUAUGUGUGUACAUUACAGUACAUAAAUUGCUCUUGCACAUUCUACUAGAUCACUAUAGCCAUAAUAGCUCUUUUUAGCUCAAGCUCUCUAACCCUCAAACCACCAACCAGGCAAGAAUUCCUUUCUUUGUUUUUUGUAACUGGUCAUGUCUGAGGCAAUUGUAUAAGUGCUACUGUGGAAGUGCUAUGCUGAAAACAGACUUCAAGGACAGAUGUUUGAGAAAGGAUUUAUUCUGUCUUUAAGAUGUUUACCUUGAGGUACUAAACUCUUUGAGAGAACAGGUAUUUUGCCUUAACCGCCAUAAAACUGGGACAAGCUAAAGAACAUGCAAGGAGUUAGAAAGAUCAGGU